AUGAAGCUCUUGCAAGUUGAAAAUGCGUACCAAGUGGCUAUGUUAGAAAUCAUUGACCGGAUGAUUUCAGACCACCUUCGUAACAGAUUUGAAGCUUUGUAUAAUGUAAACAACAUGUUUGGAUUUUUGAGUGCUGAUCUCAACAUCGAAGAAUUCAACUUUGAAAUAGAAAGUUGUAAACAUCACGCUUUGACAGUUGACAAAAAUUAUGAAACUUAUCCUGAAUUGUCUGAAGGAGAAUAUCUAGGAAUAUGCAUAACGGUUGGAGUAAUCAUGAUCGUCAUAUUGUCCAUGGUUGAUGUAAAGCUUAGAAAUUACAAAGGUUAUAUCAUGUCAUGA